GAAACUGAAACAUAACCAGUAAGGGCAUUUAAAGAUUUUCUUUAAUCCUGUAAAUUCAUUAAAAGUUCAAAGUGGUAAAGAGGACUUAACGUGAUUACGACCUUAAGGUGAAAUGUGAGUAUCUUGUUCGGCGUUCCAUCUUUAAAAAAACAACAUCUAUCAACAAAAUUGACAUCGAUUCUGUAGAUUUAUCGAAUAACACGAGUUUAAGUUCGGCUGCAAAUCAAGCGUAGGCGGCCAUCUUGGAAAAUCCCUUUUGCAUUUCGAACGAACGAAGUGUCAAAUAUCGAUAAUUACUUUUUCGUAUUGGGUUGAACUGAACAUUUUGUCAGAGGAAUCGAGUUUUGUAGGAAAAGAUCAGAUUUUUCAGUACGAUCCCGAUAAUAGAACGUGCAAAUCAAUUUCGCGCCACUGAACAGUAUUAUUUAAUAGCCGACUUUAAAAACAAGAAAAAUAUAGAAACGAGUCACGAUACAAUACAAUUCGAAUAAGAAACGGGUAGGAGAAAUUUUUCUGUCGAAAGUUGGAAAUAAUAUAGGCAAAACGGCUUCGCAAAAAAAAUCGUCUAAGAAGAUGGCGGAGACCAAAGAAUUAGAGAAUAUGGUAUUGAGUUUUCGAGUGUCUGAACUUCAGAUGCUUCUUGGUUUUGCUGGUAGAAAUAAAUCAGGUAGAAAAACCGAGUUACAAACACGUGCAUUAGAAUUGUUACGUUUGAGAUCUCAUCCUGUACAGCUCAAAAUACGUGAACUAUAUAAAACCAUACAAGCUGAUCAAUUGGCUGCACAUCAAAUGUAUGGCCAAACAGGUGGUUCUGGAGAGCCACAAAUUGAACAAAACAUGCAUUCCAGAAAUUACUAUACAAGACAAGCUAUCAGCCAACAGCAACAAUCACAGUCCUCGGUUUCUAGUGGAAAAGAUCUGCCACCAGCACAUCAAGCAUCUUUACCUCAAGCACCCAGAGCCAGUCCAGUAUUCCACCCCUCAGGAUAUACCAGCGUGUCGCCACAACUAACAACAAGCGCAGCUUACAAUCCGUUUCCAUAUCCGCCAAAAGUUUUACCAUCUCCAUUACAAAUACAGCCUCGGAGUCAGUAUCCUGUUCAUCCAGAUGUUAGACUUAAAAAACUUCCAUUUUUUGAUCUUUUGGCUGAAUUAUUGAAGCCGUCUAGUUUAAUGCCCCAAGGUUCCUUAAGAUUGCAAGAAAAUACGUUCAUGUUUCAUUUAACGCCGCAACAGUCAACAGACAUAGCCAGUUCACGUGAUUGUCGUGCAGGAAGUAAAAUGGAUUAUACUGUACAGGUACAAAUGCGUUUUUGUUUACAAGAAACUUCGUGCGAACAAGAAGACUGUUUUCCGCCUAGCAUUGCUGUAAAAGUCAAUGGGAAAUUGUGUCCUUUGCCUAAUCCAAUACCUACAAACAAACCAGGGGUUGAACCAAAGAGGCCUCCGAGGCCUGUCAACAUUAGUCCUUUAGUUAAGUUAUCUCCUACUGUAGCGAAUCAGAUUCACGUGACGUGGUCGGCCGACUACGGAAGACGCUACGCAAUUGCCAUAUAUUUAGUUAGAAAACUUUCGAGUACAGAAUUAUUGUCGAGAUUGAAAGCUAGAGGCGUUCGACAUUCGGAUUACACAAGAGGCUUGAUCAAGGAAAAACUUACCGAGGACGCUGAUAGCGAAAUAGCAACCACGUCGCUUAGGGUGUCGUUAGCGUGUCCAUUGGGAAAAAUGCGUAUGUGCACGCCAUGCCGUGCGUCAACGUGUUCGCAUUUGCAAUGUUUCGACGCGUCGCUGUUUCUUCAAAUGAACGAAAGGAAACCUACAUGGAAUUGUCCGGUCUGCGAUAAAUCCGCGUUGUACGAUACUCUCGUUAUCGACGGAUAUUUUCAAGAAGUGUUGAACUCCAAGAAAUUACUGCCGGACGUGAAUGAGAUUCAGUUGUUGCAAGAUGGAUCGUGGGAGAAUCUGGUUUUAAAGAAGGAAAAAGACAAGGACAAAACUGAAACAAAAGUAAUAACGAAUUCGCAGGAUCGUAAAAUAGACGUGGAUACUGUAGACCUCGAUGAAAGCAAUCCUGCACCCCCGAAGGAAAAGAAACGAGCCGUUGUUAUUGAUUUGAUAUCGGAUAGCGACGAUGAUUACGAAAAUACCGCACCCACGCAAAGUACAAAAAAAUUAGCUCUUGGUACAUCGUCGCCGAAAAAGUCGCAAGCCAGCUCUAUCAGUAGUACAAGCGAAUCGCCUGAGUUGAUGAUAAUCGAUUUAGAAUAAAAAUUUUUUUUCUAAUAUUGCCGAAUUUUUUAUAACAUUUAAGCGUUCUACAGAAUUAAAACCAAAAGUUUACUGGUUUUGUAAAUUACUGAUGUAGCGUUACUAUAAGGAUUAAUGUAAGUGAAUUCAUGACGUUUUUACUUUUGGUACUUAAAAAAUGGAUACCAAACGAAGAAGGGAGAUACGCUCGACUUCUUCUAUUGUAAUUAAGCAUUCCUCUGUAUCACCAACACAUAUAACAGCCCAUUUAGCAUUAUAGUUUGCCGAAGAAAAAAUGUCGAGGUCGGUAAGGUCGAGUUAGGUGAAAUGAAUAUUUUAAUACAUUUCCUCGAUAUCGUAAGAAAAUCAUUGUGUAGUUUUAUUAAAACGAAUAAAGUAAUUUUUCAUUUUAUAGCGUG